CUCCCAGCCAUAUCAUAUCUCCACAUAGUCCCCACAUUCCUGUCUCCAUCUUCCAACGUAACACCACGUAUUCGCUUGCUCGCUACCAUGUCCGUAACGCUCAUCCCCUCGCAACUCAGCAGCCCCGACGGCGCGCCGGUGCCGUAUACAGGGAACACGUGGAUGCUGUGCUGGGCCGACUUACUGCUGUUCUUCAAGUGCGCGUGGUCUAUCCCCGGGAUCCUGCAUCCGUGGGACCAAUGGCUAUGCGGGGAUCUCGACGAACUGUAUCCGUUUUCUUUCCUUAACGUGGUCGCGCUCGUGCUGCACGGGUUCUUGAUCCUUUGGGAGGCGCUCUUCUUGGUUAGCCUUCCGCUUCUCGUGGUGCUACCGAUAUGGACGGCCUUGGCGUAUGUCGCCGUCGUUAUGGCGGUGGUGUGGGUGGUGUGUUUGAUAUUGAACGGGACGCAGGAUGUGUUGGAGAGCAGGGUGAAUUUGGGCGCGGAUGCGAAGAAGCACCCGGAGGAGUGCUGGAUUUAUCUGAAUGGCGUGUCGAUCGGACACCACUGGCUCCAAACCAAUCUCGAUCGCCUCGCUUUGACGUUCCGGCGACCCAUCACUGGUGUCCAUAACCGCACGCUGGGCAUUAUCUUCGACCUCAUCCAAUGCAUCAUCGAGCGCAAUUUCUGCUACGCGACUGCCGAUAUCCGGAGAUCGUAUUCUACGAUCAAGGCUUCGCUUCUCAAAGAGGAGAACAAAAAGGUUAUCCUGAUUCUGCACAGCCAAGGGGGGAUCGAAGGAGGAUUGAUCUUGGAUUGGUUGCUGAGUGAACUACCUCACGACACCAUCCACAAGCUCGAAAUAUACACCUUCGGCUCAGCCGCAAACCACUUCAACAACCCGCCGCGCCGCUCGACGGGGGCUAGCAGCAGUGAAAACGCGGUGCGCCACAUCGAGCACUACGCCGACGCCGGAGAAUUCGUAGCACGCUGGGGCGUCCUCACGUUCGCGCGGAUGAGGAAUAGAUACAUGGGCCGCGUGUUCAUCCGACCUGGUACAGGGCACCUCCUAAACCAACACUACCUAAACACCAUGUUUCCGCUCGGUGAAGACAAGCGCGUGCUCGAACACAAUGACUUCAUGGACAUGGAGGUAUCCUUUACCAGCGAUGGUGCCGAGGAGAAGGCUCGGGAGGGCUUUCUCGACACAUUGCUGAACAACGGGAAUGGGUCGCAUGGCGCGGUUGUGGAGGAUAGGCAGAACGGUGAAAUGUUAGCGAAGAAGCUGGCAGGAAAGAAACCUAGUGUGAAGGACUUCUCUAGGUUGUGGUGCUAUCGUAACGGACGCUCCCCGAAAGAUUGA